AUGGAUAGCCUCUUCUUAGAGAUCACCUCUCAGACUGAUGCUGAAGACUCUGAGAAGGACAGCAAUCACGACUGGGACCAGGAAUCAUUUUUCCAGCCUCUCCCAGUCCUGGCUGCUCAGCCUGGUGCCAGGCUUGCAGCCGCUCACAAAAAAGAGGAUACCCCUGAGUCGCCGGCUACUGACCACUGCCAAGGCCGUGGGUCCACUGUGCCAGACCCCAUCCUAGCUCAGGAGAAAAUCCGCGUCCUUCCUCGCUCCCCACUCUCUCCUCCAGCUCGCCAGUUUGGGGACCUUUGGCACAGUUCAGACAAGCGAGACCGCAGCGGCAGUGUUUCAGAGGCACUGGAGCAUGUCAAUGCCCGGCUUCUUGAGCUGUACCCUGAUGAUGAAGAACGAUUUGAUAUUGUUCUGAUGACUAAUAACCAUGCCCAAGUGGGAGUGAGACUGAUAAACAGCAUCAAUCACUAUGGCUUGACAAUUGAGCGUUUCUGUAUGACGGGAGGAAAAAGCCCUGUUGGUUACCUGACUGCAUAUCUUACGAACUUGUACCUCUCAGCAGACUCUGAAAAAGUGCAAGAAGCUAUAGAAGCAGGCAUCGCAUCAGCUACCAUGUUCACUGCCAACAAAGACGUCGCUUACUCGGAUACGCAGCUGAGGGUGGCAUUCGAUGGGGAUGCGGUUCUCUUUUCUGAUGAAUCAGAACAGAUCGUCAAAGAGCAAGGACUAGAUAGAUUUUUUGAACAUGAACAGCUGAAUGAAAAUAAGCCUCUUGCACAGGGUCCUUUGAAAGGUUUUCUGGAAGACCUAGGGAAACUCCAGAAGAAGUUCUAUGCAAAAAAUGAACGAUUAAAUUGUCCCAUAAGAACCUUCCUGGUCACAGCCAGAAGCGCGGCGAGCUCUGGAGCCAGAGUGCUGAAGACUCUUCGUAGCUGGGGCCUAGAGAUUGAUGAGGCACUUUUCCUAGCAGGAGCUCCUAAAGGACCAGUCCUGGUGAAAAUCCGCCCUCACAUUUUCUUUGACGACCAGAUGUUUCACAUCGAAGGAGCACAGAAAUUAGGCACCAUAGCUGCACAUGUGCCCUAUGGCAUUGCUCAGAAAUACAACAAAUCUGCAUGACUGGAUGGCAUCAUUAAUAAUAAGAUUCUUAAGUCAGCCAGCCUCUAAUAUGCCAACAGUUGUGUCUAAAAACCUCUAUAUUUGUAUACUGUAAGCACUGUGUUUAAAGAUUUAACUUCUGGCUAGACCAGCCUUUAAAGGAAAUAUUUUUAGUAUAGGUAAGUUUUUAAUAGAGUUAUUUUAGUAGCAUUCUGAAGCAGUUUAGGUUUUUUACAUGUUUGUAUCUAAGGCUGUGUUUUUCAUAUUAGGAAAAGAUUUGUACUGUUUUUAUAGCUUAAGACAUAUUUUGAGAGACAGAGAGAACAGUUACAUUUUCUCUAAAAAACUGUCGAUGGGUUAUUUAUAACAAAAAUCAUUCUGCAAU